AGCCUUAAGUUUCUCUUCAAAUUCUAUACGGCUUAUUUCAUUGGCUGCGAAGCAUUUGAAGAUUAAUUUAAGAUAGUCUUAAAUAUUAAAUUUAACUAUGAAUACCGGCCUUAGACGAUCAUUACUGCGAUCCAUACCAAAACAUUCGCAAUUGACAGCAAUAUACUCGCAGUGAAUAAUGGAACGCAUCCUUGAUUUCGAUGGUGGACAGACAGCUGAUUCUUCCGGCUGCUGAAGAUCGCUGGUGUUUCUUUUGACGGGAUGAGAUUUUCUGUACAAUUAUGAUAAUCACUUGUAAUUAAAAACGUAAGAUUUUGUCUCUCGGCCUCAAAGAAUUAAGCGUCAAGCAUGAAUUUUACAGUCAGAAAGAUUUACGAGAGUUUGAGAAGUACGAAGUGUGUGCUCGACAGGAGAGCACACGUCUUACCUUUCGGCGGUGUGAAUACUCAAGCCAGAUAUAAAAGCAUCGCAACGAGACCUAAAGUUAUAAUAAAGAAUAAAUACGAACAGCACGACUCGGACAGUGGAUUGUAUGGAUAUAGCUUGUUGGCUAUACCCAUCAUUUGUUUUGGACUUGGCACAUGGCAAAUCAAUAGGCGGCGAUGGAAGUUGAAUCUAAUACACGAUUUAGAGCGACGUACUACAAUGGAGCCUAUCGAUCUUCCACUAGACCUGGAUGAACUCAACGACAAGGAAUACUAUUGUGUAAAGGUGAGGGGCAAGUUUAUAUAUGAGAGGGAAUUCCUGAUAGGGCCCAGAAGCCUCAUCGUGAAAGGACAAGCGUUGAGUGAGAAAGGCGGUGGUAUAUUCUCUGGCAGAUCGAGCACAGGAUUUUAUGUGGUCACGCCUUUCAAGCUAGAGGAUCGCGACAUAACCAUCAUGGUGAAUCGUGGAUGGAUUCCUAAAAAUGCUCGCUUAACGUACAAGCAGGAGAAAAAUAUUACAGACUCGAUGGAAAUCGUCGGCAUUGUUAGACUGGGUGAAACACGACCGCCAUUUAUACCUUCCAAUUCUCCUUCGAGCGGAGUCUGGCAUUAUAGAGAUUUAAAUGCGUUGGCCAAGGUGGCAGAAUCGGAGCCCGUGUAUAUAGAUUUAUUGAUUGGUUACGGCACGCCCAAAGGUCCGAUCGGCGGCCAGACGAAGGUGGUUUUAAGGAACGAGCAUUUAAGUUACAUAAUUACUUGGUACGGACUGUCCAUCAGCACUGCGUAUAUUUGGUACCGGUAUUUUAUACAAAAAUUGCCUGUCAUGUAGUUUUAUUUGUAUAGAGACUGAUGUGUGCGUUUCUCUAAAAUACAUACUAAAUUAUAAAAAUUGUUGAAAUAUAGUUGUAGAUACUCUUGUAGUUUGCGUCGUGUACAUCUCGUAGCAGAAUUAGACAGGGUGUCCUAGGAGCACUGUAUGUUCUUAAACAUGACAGUUCCUUCGGGAUAUUCUGAGACGAAAGUUCAAAUGUGAAAAUGGCUGCGAUAUCAUUUUGAAAUCGUACGCGACUAAAGUUGCCUAAUCGUACGGCUGACGUUUCCUGCGCUCAAGUAGGACGAUGUGGCGACGGUGAUACGGUUUAUACCAUGAAACGGAAACGACUUUCUCAAAAAAUCUGUACAAGCAUGCAAUGCGGCACGACCGCGUGGGUGACUCGGUGCGGGCGAACAGUCUGAGUUCGCGCUAAGCGAACGGGUGCAAAACUGGAGAAGAACAUGCGUAGCUCGUAACAUACUUUAUUUCACAAACAUAACAAGUGCGAGUGUGUAUCUCCGUUUCGCAGAAGUGUCGUCUAAUUGCCCCCACGGUGGGAAGAAACGCUCACCGGUAUUCCCUUUCGCUGACGUUAACAACAACAACGACGUCGACGAUGAUAAUGACGACGAAUCGACAGUGUUCUUCGCGAAACGCCGCCGACGGUGGUCAUGGUGUAUACACAAUUCACUUCAACGAAGCGUUCAGCAUAAAAAAUACCUUUAUACAAAUAUGAAAAUAUACAAUAUACAAGUUA